AUGGCAAGAAAAUCGACUUCGGACAGAUUGUCGUCUAUUAGAUCGGAAAACUCGCUUUACAACCUUACCAAGAGAUUUCUAAAGCUUGUGAGUAUGGCACCAGACCAUAACAUAAGCAUUCACCAGGCAUCGAUAGAGCUGAAUGUAGGAAAGAGAAGAAUAUACGACAUAACGAAUGUAUUGGAAGGAUUAGGACUUUUGAGUAAAUGGUCUGUAAGCAACGCAAAGUGGAUUGGCGGAAACAUAGAUCGGUAUUUACUUGAUGAUGAAGAAAAGGAAAACCAGGAGAAUUCCUAUCUAAAUCCAGAAAAUGUUCUAAAAGGCGAUGAUCUGGACGAAACCCUUUUCAGGCUCAAUGAAGAGAUUUCAAUGCUUUCCCAGUCGGAAAAGAAUCUUGCAAAUGCAUAUGUUACAUACUCAGACCUCCAGAACCUUCCUUCUCUAGAUGGAAACCUCGUUUUUGCAGUUAAGGCACCUUCGGAAACCAUAAUGGAAUAUCCUCGAUAUGAAAAAGGUUUCUAUAAGCUUAAGCUGAGCUCCGAACAAGGAACCAUAAAUAUCUUCUACGUUUCCGAUGAAAAGAAGGAUUAA